UAAUAUUUAUCAGCGCUUAGCCGUAGUUCAUGACAAACUUAAUGAUUCAUAUUUAAUUUUUCAGUAUAUUAUUUUUAAUGAUAAAAAAUUGUAGGAUACUAACUGUUCCUUGUAGAAACUUUGUUACUACUAAAUCCAGUGAACACUUUAAAGUGUGUAAAUCUUCUUUAAAAUGCCAGCCUACCAUUCGUCAUUAGUCGAAUACACCCAAUCUGUGGGAAAUUUAGCGUUAUUGCCUAUUCGCACUACUUUCCGAGGACCAGCUCCUUUAAGUCCAAAAAUUGAAUUGGAUAUCAUAGAUGAAGCUCUUAAUUAUUUUAAAGCGAACGUUUUUUUCAGAUUUUACGAGAUCAAGUCUGAUGCUGAUAGAGUGCUCAUUUACUUGACCCUGUAUAUUUCUGAAUGUUUGAAAAGAUUGCAAAAAUGCUCAAACAAAAAUCAAGGUCAGCAAGAAAUGUACAUGCUUGCUAUAUCAAAAUUUGACAUUCCUGGAGAAUCAGGCUUCCCUUUGAAUUCUGUCUAUGCCAAACCUACCAGCACUCAAGAAGCAGAUUUGAUGAGACAAUACUUGCAACAAUUAAGACAUGAAACUGGAGGAAGAGUUUGUGAAAAGGUAUUUGCUACAGAAGAUGGAAAACCAAGCAAAUGGUGGCUAUGUUUUGCUAAAAGGAAAUUCAUGGAUAAAUCUCUUUCAGGCCCAGGCCAGUAAUAUUAAACUGAAUGUUUCUACAUAAAAUAUUUAUUAGAUAAAAUAUGUAGUUAUCAAUUUUAUUCAUGUCUUAAAUUCCAAGCUCAUAUUAUAUUGAGUAUUAAUAUAAUUUUUAUUAUUAAAAAUACUGUAAAUUCUUUUCUAAAUAAAUUUCACUAUUUCGUA